UCAGAUAUCUGUUUCUGCUCUGCUGUCUCUCUGGCACACACACUCACACAGAGGGAGGCAGAUAACUGUGAUUCCGCUGCUGAAUUUUUAACGCUGUUGUGGAACUUUUUUUUUCCAGCCGGGUUACUGUGGCACCGGGGUACUGUUACACUGACAGAGACAAGGAGAACGGGCUCAACUCUUUUCUGUUGUUUACUGAGGCUGCACUGACCCAGACUGUGCAUGGAGUGUAUGGCCCAUCCAGUCCUGAUGCUGUUACCAUAACAUUAUGACCCUCAACACUCAGAGAGAGAAGGAGCCUCUGCGGCGUCGAGGGAGCACACCGAUUCAUCCCCUCUACCAGCAGCUAACUGGGUCUUGGGACUUUAAAAGGUCCACAAGCACACAGCCGGAGGGCUCUGGUCCAGCUCGCAGCCAUCCUCCUUUAGGGCAGUCAGCAUCUUACCAUCCUGGAGACAAGUCCCUCCACUACCGUGCUCACUGGAGUUCUGACUCAGAUGAUGACUCGCAAAGUGAAUCAGAGUGUGUUUACAGAGUGGUGUUGCUUGGUGACCAUGGUGUCGGAAAGACCAGCCUUGCAGGAAUCUUUGCUGGAAUCACGGAGAAAGAUGAACAACCUGGAGAGGACACGUUCGAGCGGACAUUAACCGUGGAUGGAGAGGAAACAACACUGGUUGUCAUGGAUACAUGGGAGAAUGACAAAUUGGAAAGGGGGGACCCAUCUUGUCAUGAUGACUGUCUGAAGGUAGGGAGUGCUUAUGUUAUUGUCUACUCUGUCACCGACCGCUCAAGUUUUGAUUCAGCGGCUGAGCUCCGGAUCACAUUGAGGCGCGCCCGACAAGCCGAAAAUCUUCCCAUCAUCCUCGUAGGAAACAAGAGUGACUUGGUCCGGGCCAGAGAGGUUGCUGUGGAAGAGGGUCGAGCUUGUGCAGUAGUGUUUGACUGUAAAUUUAUUGAGACAUCUGCAUCCCUGCAGCAUAACGUGUCUGAGCUGUUUGAGGGCGUGGUGCGACAGAUUCGUCUCCGUCAGGACAGUACCGAGGUCACAAAGCACAGAAACUCAGUCUACAAACGCAAAGAGAGCCUCACCAAGAAGGCUCGCCGUUUUCUGGAUCGACUGGUGGCACGAAACAACCAGCGAAUGGCAGUAAAGGUGCGCUCCAAGAGCUGCCAUGACCUAGCUGUCCUGUAAAGGCUUGCUUUCAUCAAGACUUUUAUCGUGACUUCUUCAACAGAUUUCUGCUUGUGAUACCGUGGUCAAAAGCAUCAGCUGUGUCUAUCACAAUCAGCGGGUCAUCCUCAGACAGAGCUAUCAGUGACAAACUAAAUGAACAGAAUGUACUUACUGUGACUAGCUGGUUUCCCUGUUUUACUGUUUAGUGUCAAAAUCAUUGUGGAUUUACCUCCAAAUGACAAAAAUAUGAAGAUUUCAGAUGAAUGUAACAGAUCAUCAUUGUAUGGUUUAGCGGUGGUACGAGUGUGUGUGUGUGCGAAUCAGUAGAGGUGAUGUGAUAUUCUUCAUUGUGAAGAACCUGAUUUUGACUGUGUCCAUUCUGUUGUUUUCCUGAGAUAACUUGUUUUCAGAUUAAUGUACUGAAUAAAAUAAAAAAUAAAAACAGUCAUAUAAUCAUG